CAUCAUGUCAGGCAUCAAACCCCCGUUCACCGCCGAGACCGCGCAGCAGAAGGUCAAGGUCGCGCAGCGGCUCUGGAACACGCGCGACCCGGCCAGGGUCGCGCAGGCGUACACGCCCGACACGAUCUGGCGGAACCGCGACCAGUUCAUGCGCGGCACGGCCGAAGUCGUGCAGUUCCUGUCGAAGAAAUGGGAGAAGGAGAACGGGUACCGGCUGCGAAAGGAGCUGUUCGCGUUCUCGGACAACAAGAUCGCGGUGCAGUUCUUUUACGAGUUCUACCAGACGGCGGCGGACGGGCGUCGCCAGUGGUACCGGUGCUACGGUUUGGAGGACUGGACGUUCGCGGAGGACGGACGGAUGCGCAAGCGCCAGAUGAGCGGGAACGACGUGCCCAUCACGGAGGAGGAGCGCUGGUUCAAGGACGACGUCGCGGACGAAGACUCGGUCGAAAUAUCGGAGAAGCAUCUGUGAAUGAGAAGGAAAGUAUGAAGCCCAAGGUUGCGUUGUAUCAAAAGAUUCCGCUCGCGUUCCUGUACAAAGCAUGUUGUUUGCGCCCCACUCAGUCUCGACCUCGGUGUCUUAGAAAACAUACUAUCACAUUCAGGCGUUUGCACG